AUGGCCCUGCUAGACAUAUCUUAUGUCCACACGCUGACACUAGUUCUCGUCACCAUUGGCUUGGCAACUUCGUUUCACCUCCUUCCCCUCUUGGGCAAGUCACUCAGCCGACGUACGUCAACUGCAUCACCACCGUUGCCUCCCUUACCUGCAAGCGAUGAAAUCGUGGCUCUACGUGUCUACCCAGUCAAAUCAUGCCGUGGCUUCGAAGUCAAGUCUACACAACUUCUCCGAACUGGCCUAGACUUGGACCGCAGCUGGAUGUUCAUCGCAGCCGAGACCCGCGAGUUCAUCACCAUCCGAACCAACUCCAACUUGACCCUAAUCAGAACAAGCUAUGACCCUGAUACCGAUCAACUCAUCAUUGGUUUGAGAGAUUACAAGUUCGAUAUUCCGGCCCAUCCCACAAAUGAUUGGCUUAGCAAAAACGCUAAAUUGGCGAAGGCUGGCAUUUGGGGAGAACAGACAGAUGGUUGGGAGUAUCCAGCUAGUCUGACUCAGCCAAUCUCAGACUUUCUGAACAUAGAUAUUCGCCUCAUGUUCAAGGGCCCAACACCUCGUGUGCUUCGUGGCUGCGGUGCGCCCAAGCUUCUAGGCCGUAGCGAGGCUGUUAAAUUUGCCGAUAUGAUGCCUGUGCUCGUCGGAUCCAUGGCUAGCAUAGGGGAGCUUAAUGGACGACUCGUUCAGGCCGGAGAGAAUGAGAUCGAGAUUGAGCGAUUCCGCCCAAACAUUAUCAUCCGGGGCAACGAACCAUGGAUCGAGGACGGAUGGAAAGCUCUGCGGAUCAAUGACGGUGGAGUCCCCCUCGACUUGGACGUCGUUUGUCGCUGUCUCCGAUGCCAGGUUCCAAACGUCCACCCUGAGACGGCCGACAAGCACCCACGUCAGCCGUGGGACCAGCUUAUGAAAUAUCGAAGAAUCGAUCCGGGUCUGAAGUUCAAACCAAGCUUUGGGAUGCUUUGUGUGCCACGCACGGAAGGGUUGAUAUCAGUCGGGAUGAAAUUCGAUGUCACGGCCAUGACGAACGAUCAUUUCUUCAUCAACCCAAUGAAGUAA